AGAUUUGAACCUAGUCUUCGUGUGGCUCGGUGUAAGGUAGGCGGGGGAGAGCUGGAGAGAAGGACGAGGCCGCGGGAGGGUUGCAGCAGCGGGAGCAGAACAGGCGAUCAAGCCAUGGGAGAUGAUGCUUAUACCAGAUACGCCGCCUCCGCCGAUAGAGCUGGAAGUGUAGCGAGGUCUGGCCUUUCAAAUUACUCUGAAGCACCUCCUUUAACAUCUUACCCCAAUUCGACCUCCAUUGAUCCAUGGCGCAUCCCUCCUGAUUAUUUGCUGAAAGAAACAGAUUCAUCAGGACCUGGUACUUAUGGAUAUACUGACGUAGGAGGCAUUAGAAAUUAUCCAGAACCAGUUAUUGGCGGUGUGACAUCUGGAGUGAGUGCAACAGGCAACACAUCUCCUUUUCAUGAUGCACAAGCAAGGCAAAGACAUGAUAUUGCAGUGGGCAGUAGUCCAGGGUUGAUGGCUAUGGCUGACACAGGUCACGAAAAAGCCAAUUCUCUUGGUCUCAGAAAUCCCGAACGUGUUCCAAUUUCAGCUCAGGAAUCAAACAUUCUUUUCGUUGAUGGACUUCCUACAGAUUGUACUAGAAGGGAAGUUGGUCAUCUUUUCCGCCCCUUCAUCGGCUAUAAAGAUAUCAGAGUUGUUCACAAGGAGCCCAGACGAAGGGGAGAUAAAGCUACGGUAUUAUGCUUUGUCGAGUUCAUUGAAGCAAGAUAUUCCCGUGCUGCAAUGGAAGCUCUUCAAGGUUACAAGUUCGAUGACAAAAAACCCGAUUCCCUAGCUUUGAAGAUUCAAUUUGCACAUUUUCCUUUCCGUUUACCAUCGAACCAGGAUGACAGGCGAUGAAUACAUAAGUUAAGCAACACUUUCCUGAUUUUUAAGGGCUUUGUAGAUCCUGUGGAAUAGUAAAGCUUAUCCCGGACAAAAUUGAGAACUGGUAGUUUUCAGUUUUUCAUAUGGGCCUGGAUGAGCUCAUGCGAACUCUUACCCCUCCCUUUACUUGGGGAGAAAGAUCAAAUGGGUCUUUUCCAAGUUCCUGUUUGGCAUUGACAUCUUGUUCUGUCCGUCAGGUUUCAGAUAUCUUUUGCUUUGGAUCAUGAAAAUGACAUAUAGGUACAAAGAUUCUUGACGAAAGUAAUAAAACUUCAUUUGAGUGGUGACUGGUUUCGUAUGAAACCAACCAACCCCACUGAAUAAAGGAAAGCUGAGCAAAAAGCAGCAGCAAAGGAGAGGAAAUCCACGAAAA